UGCGUAAAAUAAGGGUGAUCUUAGAUAAUGUGGGAAUACAAGCCCUAAUACAAGUAAUGUUUGUAAAAUAAAUAACAUUAUUUUAUCUGGUAAGGGCUCUACCAACUGCAGAAACAGUAAAUUUGAUUUAUCCGGCGACUGGAUCUCUAGAAUCUACUAGACUGUAGAUCUAUAGAUCUAAAUCUAGAUCAAGAGUAAAUCAUGACAUAGAGCUAGAUUAGUAACGAGAUUUCACGAGACUUCAAACAUGGCACCUUUGCCAUUAGUAAGUGCUUUGCAAAACUAAACGAUGUAACUACAAGUGUUGUUUUUUUUUAAGAUAGAUCUAGAUCUAAUAGUUCUACAUCACGCUAUAUUAAAAUCAUGGCUUCAACUCUAAAUGAGGAAAGUGUUGAGAAGAAGUUAAAAACAGUCAACAACACACAAGACAGUAUUCAAAGUCUAUCUUUGUGGAUCAUUCAUCAUAAAAGUCACCAUGCUAAAAUUGUGGAACUGUGGAUGAAAGUUUUGAAAAAAACAGUGCAACCCUCGCAUCGCUUAACUUUGUUUUAUCUCUGUAAUGAUGUUGUACAGACAUGUAAAAAAAAGAAAGCUUUUGUCUAUAAUACAACAUUCAAAGAACAUCUUAAAGAAGCUGCUAGUUUAGUCAGGGACCAUUCUGUCAAGGGCAAAAUUGAACGCAUUUUCAAUAUCUGGGGAGAAAGAAACGUUUAUGACACAGGUUUUAUAAAAAGCCUUAUUGCUGUUUUGAAUGGUCAGUCAUUUAAAAAAGCUCACUCUAAAGUGGACUCUGACUCCAACAAUGGUCCCAUUAGUCCAGUUGGUACACCUUUCAAUGAGUUUGAGCUGAAAGAAGUAGCUUCAGAUUCUCAAAAUGACAGCAUGACAGAGAAAGAUGCUGAAGAGAGUGCUCGUAUUUUGGCUGAAUUUAAGCCCCAUGAAAUGAUUGAGCAAAUCACAGCAUUUAGAAGACAGGAAACAGACAUCAAAUUUAGAGUAAGUCAGUUGUCCCAUCUUAAAUUGGAUGCUUCCAGUAUAGAAGCAGUUAAACAGCUUAAAGACAGAGCCCAUGGCAAUGAUUUCUCCAGUCAGUUUGAAGAUUCCUGCACUAAAUUGGAAGAUUUGGUGAAAAGACAAACUCAGCACUUACAGGAUCAAAAGGCCCUGCUUGAAAUUCUCAACACUAGUGAGACUUUCUAUGAGGAGCAGUACAGAGAGGCUAAAAUUGUAGCAAAUGCUUAUAAAAACUUUGGUGCUCGAAUCAACAAUAUGAAGAAAAAAUUGGAUGAGCUUAAAAUGAAGUAUCCAGCAGCUGAAAGCCCUAUUCCCUCUCCUGAUAUUAAUGCACCCUCCCCAGGCAACACCCCUCCUCAUAUAAGUAAUUCAGGUUAUAUGUACAAUCCAGCAAGUUCCAUGAUGAAUUAUGAUUCAACACUCAACAAAAAUACUUGGAACUACAAUGGCACAAAUAACAUAGGUAUAAGUGUCCUGAACUCUGCAAAUUCUGAUAACACAUUCCAGGACUCACCUCCUUUGGAAGCACCAUCACCAGAAGGCUCACCACCUGAUUUGAAUUUAGAUGGAUCUCAGUCUGCAAGUGUUAGUUUGGACUCAAGACUUGCAAGUUUUUUUGAUCGUAACAGAAAUUCUUCAAACCCGCCAGUUUAUACACCUCAGAUAUCACGUUCUUUACCUUCAAGCAAUAAGUUUUCUAAACUAGGUGAAGAGGAUGGAAGUGCAACACCUUUAGAUGAUGAAACUCCUACUACGCCUGUCCAAGAUGAACAUUUGGCUUCCCCCCCUAAGUCUCAUACACCUCCCAAAAAAGAGAAACCAAUAGACUUCUUGUCAAGAUUAAUUUCUCAAACUCAAAAAGCUCCCCUGAAAACAGGUCCUACGAGCUUUCUUGACAGCAUACCUCUUUUAACAGGCAUGACUAAAAAAGCGGAUUCAGUGAAUCCUCAGGCAUGGACUCCAUGGAAAGCAAAUCCAAAUGAUAACAGCACCAUACCAUCUCUAUCAUCACCUACAUAUGGGCCGGCAGCAACAUUGGCUACAUCACCAAACCCGUAUCCUACUCCUACAAUGGUGCCUCCCCCUAUUCCUCUACCCGUACCACCACCAUCAAUAUCUUUAGGUAUGAGUCUGAGCAUGCCUCCACCACCUCCACCACCAUUUUCCCUCACAACUGUUCUGCAUCAGGAUUACAUGGCGCCUCCAUUAGGGUUUCAACAAACAUCUCCAGGACAGAAAGAAAACUGGCCAGAACUGGGUCAUUCUUCAGUUUCUGAUCAUUCUUCUGUUAGACCAUUUCACAACUCUGUCCUGAAAGAAUUGGUGCCUGCUGAUUCCUUUGAUAGUAAAACAAGUCGUAAACCUGCUGAAAGUUCCUCUUCUCACAUGGAGUCGGAUGCAAUGGAAAUUGUUAGUGAUGAAGAAGAUGAAUCAUUGGGAAGUCAUGCUGAGGCUUCUGAAGCUAAAACGGAAUUUGCCCAAAAACUGAAACAGAAAACUUUGGCCCAAGGAUCAGUAAAAUCUCAUGUUUUUGUUCCCAACCCUGAAAGACCAAAUCUUGUGACACUGGCUGCGCAAGAUGACCUUGAUGAAGAGGACAUGAUAGAUGAUAAUACAGUUGUUGAAGACAACAGUGAUUGGCCUUCUAAAUCUCACAAGUCAGCACAUAAAUCCAGGUCAAGGUCACACUCAAAAGAAAAGGACAGGUCUCACAAACACAAGAAGAAGAAGAAGCACAAACGUAAUCAUAGCGAUGAAGAUGAACCUCAUCUUUCAGAUGAUGACAGCAAAGGUAUCUCUAGCUUAGGUAGUGUGGUAAAAAAAAUUGAGAGUCGCUCUAGCAGCAGAAACAGUAGAGAUAGCAUUAAAGGAGACAAAUACGAAGAGGAAAGAAAAUUUGAUCGAAAAUAUGAACGAUGUGAAGAUAGGCCCUAUGGUUCACGAGGUGAUUACAAAUCCCAAAAAAGUCUUAGAGGAUCCAAAGAUCCAGUUGAAGCAUACACACAGGCAUACAGAGAUGCAUUUUUUCAGCAGUAUAGCCAAUCACAAUUCAGUCCGUUUCCAAGUGGUCCUGGCCCAAUGGAUCCCAGAACAAGAUACAGGAAAUAUUAAAUGUGAAUAUGUUGCUUGAGAUGAACUUUUGUUACAAUAUUGAAAGUUUCUUCUGACAGUGAAGAAAAAAACUUUUUUUUUUUGUCACUGUUCAUUUGUUAGCAAGUAUUUUUCCUUUCUUUUAAUUUUUAUUUGUGAUAUAAAAAGUACUUUAUUCUCAAAAAAAAAAAAUUCUAUGUACAUGAUGUUGAUUUCAAUGGGAAAAACAAAAUAUUGUUGCAGUAUUUUAAAUUUUGCUUUUUAAUUAAAGAAACAAAAUUUUAAAGUGUUGAUGAAACUUUUGAGUUGCUGUACUUUUUAAUAUAAUUUAAGGUAUUAACAGUGGUGGUCAGUGACUACAUAUGAGGGUGCAAAAUAAAUGCUAAAUUGACAGCUUAUCUUGCAUCAGCAUACAAGUACAUGUGCAUUCUACAAUUCUAACAAGUUACUUCAAUUGAAUUUUUUUUUCAACAUAUUUGAGGACAUUCAGAAAUGUUUACCUAGAAAAUAUAAAUGACUUAAUGGGAAUUAAAUCAUUAUUCUGCUAUAGUUUCCAAUUUAUACUUAAAAGCACGACCGUAACAAUGGAUCUUUGACUAAGCAUGCUAUCUUACAUCUCUGGACGCUUGCAGUACUGUAAGAUUUAACUCUUACUUCUGUUAUUUCACCAUAUUAUCUGCUAAACUAGAUUUGUUCAAACAAUGCCCAUUUCCAACAUUGUUUUUUUUUUUUAUGGUUUAGAAUGUAUUGAGAUUUAAAAUUGUUUCAUUUCUUGAAGUUUCAGCUUUAGACCAUUUUCUUUCCAGAUGUCUAUAUUUCAAUUGUAGCAUUUCAAAAAAAAAAAAAAAAAGGUCAUUCUCUUUAUCUCCAUAUUUCAUAAUAAAUAAAAGUGUCGUUCCAGACACAUUAGUGGUAAAAGUACCUUGUAUGAAGUGAAGUUGCUGGAGAUAAAAAUCACCAUGGAUCCCAACAACUGCUACUGAUUUUUUCCUCAGGGUUGACCCCCCCAAAGCCUUUCCCAUGUUUGCAAGGAAGCACAGAUUUGGAUUCAUUUUGUCUUUUUAUUUGAUUAGCAGCUAAGGCUAACAAGACCCUCCUGAUAGAUUUAGAAAUUACUGGCAUUUUCCCCUUUCUUUCAUCCUCUGAGCCAUGCCUUAGGAAGCAUUUUAUAGUUAAUGGAGUUCUCUUAGUUAAUUCCAGUUAAGGCAGCACAAAUGUUUAGUAUCAAACUUUAAUGUACAUCUAGGUAUGAGAUGUUGACUGAAAGCAAGCAAAAUACUUAGAGACAGCUUAAAUAACACCUUUUAGUCACUACCAAUUUACAAUUAAUUUUCUAUAGGCAAUUUCAUUUUAAUAGCAUGCUUUCAAAAAAAAAAAAUUUGUUGAGUUGUUGCACACCAAUUUUGAAAAGUCAUCUUCAAAGAUCUAAAAUGUACUUUUAAUAAAAUAAGAACUCUUAAAAGGAUCAGGCACUCUAUGCAUAUUUACAAUUUUUUUCUGUCCAUUUCACAACUAAAUGGACAACUCACUGUAUAUACUAAUUGGAAGGAGCUAUACUUGGCAAACAUUCUUAAUUUAACUAAAUCUCAUAGUUUCUAAUGAGUGCAUUUUCCAUCACUAAGAAAAGGAGUCUGGUUUGAAUA